CGUCGCCCUCCGCGGGCCGGCCACACGAUGCCUCGCGGCCCCGGCCGCUUCCUCCGGGCCCCCGUAGCGCCCGCCGCGGCCCUGGCUGCGGCGCUGCUUUCGUCGCUGGCGCGCUGCUCCCUCCUGGAGUCGGGGGACCCGGUGGCUUCGGCGCUCAGCCCCUACUUUGGCACCAAGACCCGCUACGAGGACGUCAACCCCGGGCUGCUUCCGAACCCCGAGGCGCCCUGGAGGGACCCAGAGCUGCUGGAGGGCACAUGUACGCCAGUGCAGCUGGUUGCCGUCAUCCGCCAUGGCACCCGCUACCCCACAGCCAAGCAGAUACGCAAGCUGCGGCAGUUGCACGAGUUGCUACAGGCCCGCGGGCCGUGGGGUGGCAGGGCUAGCGCUACUAGCGGCCGCGACGUGGGCGCUGUGCUGGCCGACAGGCCGCUGUGGUACGCAGACUGGAUGGACGGGCAGCUGGUGGAGAAAGGGCGGCAGGACAUGCGACAGCUGGCGCUGCGCCUAGCCUCGCUCUUCCCGACCCUCUUCUGCCGUGAGAAUUUCGGCCGCUUGCGGCUCGUCACCAGCUCCAAGCACCGCUGCGUGGACAGCGGCGUCGCCUUUCUGCAGGGACUAUGGCAGCACUACAACCCUGGCCUGACGCCGCCCGACGUCGCAGACAUGGAAUGUGGACCUCCAAGGAUUAAUGAUAAACUGAUGAGGUUCUUUGAUAAUUGCAAGAAGUUUUUAACUGAAGUGGAAAGGAAUGCUACAGCUCUUUACCAUGUAGAAGCCUUCAAAACUGGACCAGAAAUGCAGGACAUUUUAAAAAAAGUUGCAGCUACUUUACAAGUGCCAAUAAAUGAUUUAAAUGCAGAUUUAAUUCAGGUAGCUUUUUUCACCUGUUCAUUUGACCUGGCAAUUAAAGGCAUUAAGUCUCCUUGGUGUGAUGUUUUUGACAUAGAUGAUGCAAAGGUUUUAGAGUAUUUAAAUGAUCUGAAACAAUAUUGGAAAAGAGGAUAUGGUUAUACUAUUAAUAGUCGAUCCAGCUGCAUCCUGUUUGAGGAUAUCUUUCAGCACUUGGACAAAGCAGUUGAACAGAAACAAAGGUCUCAGCCAAUUUCUUCUCCAGUAAUCCUCCAGUUUGGUCAUGCAGAGACCCUUCUUCCACUGCUUUCACUCAUGGGCUACUUCAAAGACAGAGAGCCCCUAACUGCUUACAAUUACAAGGAACAAAUGCAUCGGAAGUUCCGAAGUGGUCAUAUUGUGCCCUAUGCCUCGAACCUGAUAUUUCUGCUUUACCAUUGUGAAAAUGCUAAGACUCCUAAGGAAGAAUUCCAAGUGCAGAUGUUAUUGAAUGAAAAGGUGUUACCCUUUGCUCACUCACAAGAAACUGUUUCUUUGUAUGAGGAUCUGAAGAACCAUUACAAGGGCGUCCUUCAGAGUUGUCAUGCCAUUGACGAAUGUAAACUACUAAAGGUCUUUUAUGCUCUCCAUGUUGAUAUACAAGCAAUAAUUAAUUGUAAAAGCUUGGAAUUUCAAGGAGCCUUGAAUCAAUCAGGCAAUAUAAGGAAAUACCUGGAACUAAGAAUUUUGUGAUGAAUACUAAAUGUCUUACCUGGGAUAGUAUAUAUGAAAAAUUGAACAUCAAAAAACAAUCUUUGGCUAACCAGAGAUUAUACAUAAUAGGUCACCAAAUUACUCACUUAAGCCAAAAUUUAAUCAUUGUUUGUCCUCACAUUUUGGUCAAUUAAUAAAUAGCCUGUGGACAUUCGCCAUUUUUCUGUGUAAUCUACAACUUAAAUGUGUGCAGUGCAUUGUACUUAACAUUUUUAUGGUCGUGUCAUUACGAAGUUUCUGCCCUCCCACACACGGUUACUCACUUGAUGCUAUUUUUGUAUAUUAAUUUUGACACUGAAAGGAAAACAUUUUAAAAAAGUGGUUCAUUUUUUCUAGGCAUCAUCAGCUUUCAUGAUAUCUUUAUUUGAGUGUUUGCCUUUUGUUAACUGUAAAACUGAUGCAUGCCCUUAAAUAUUUGGAACUUACAUACAGCCAAACCAGAAUAUAUAAAUGUGAAUUUUUGGAACAUAUUUCUCUGAGAUGGUAUUUCAUGUGGUUCAUUAAUGAUCCUUGGGAUUUGGGAUGUCUUUUGCCAAACGUAAGCUGAAAAUAAAUAUCUGCAUUACUAUAUUAUUUGCCUAUAUCUAACUCUUACUCUGAAAUUACUUUGGAAGUCACAUGUUCUCUCCUCACCACUCUUUUUUCUCUUAUUUGUUUCCUUCACCCACCUGGUGGCUCACUCCACUCUUAGGUAUCAAGUAGUGCAUCCUCACAUCAGUCUGUUCAGCUAUAUUUUAGUGAGUGUGUGUAUAAUAAAAUUAUUGAGAAAAUUCCACAGUAAGAAAAAAGAUAACCAUGUUCUUCCAGUUAAAGGCUUUGUAGUUUGAGCUUCAUACGUAGCAACUUGGGAGGAAGGUUAGCUUAUUUUUUAAAUAGACUUUUUAGAGCGAUUUUAGGUUUACAGAAAAAUUGCCCAAAGUACAGAGUCCUCUCCUAUACACAGUUUCCCCUGCUGUUAAUGUCUUGCAUAGUGUGGUACCUUUGUUACAAUUGAUGAACCAAUAUUGAUACAUUAUUAUUAACUAAAGUCUGUAGUUUACAUUAGGGUUCGCUCUGUUGUACAGUUCUAUGGGUUUUGUUUUCUGGCAAAGGUAUAAUACCAUGUGUCCAUUAUUACAGUCUCAUACAGAAUAGUUCCACUGCCCCAAAAUCCCGUAUGCUCCACCUGUUCACUCCACCCCGCACCAAAAACCCCUUGGAUACAUACAUAUAAAAAAGUUCUGUUUAAUGAUAAGAAACAUUCUUAAUUAA